AUGGCUAGUAACAACCCUCAUGAGAACCUCUCUGACCAAACUCCUUCUGAUGAUUUCUUCGAGCAAAUCCUUGGUCUUCCAAACUUCUCAGCCUCUUCUGCCGCCGGUUUAUCUGGAGUGGACGGCGGAUUAGGAGGUGGAGCACCGCCGAUGAUGCUACAGUUGGGUUCCGGCGACGAAGGAAGUCACAUGGCUGGGUUAGGAGGAGGUGGACCAACUGGAUUUCACAAUCAGAUGUUUCCUCUAGGUUUAAGUCUUGAUCAAGGCAAAGGACCUGGCUUUCUUAGACCUGAAGGAGGCCAUGGAAGUGGCAAACGAUUCUCAGAUGAUGUUGUUGAUAAUCGAUGUUCUUCUAUGAAACCUGUUUUCCACGGACAGCCGAUGCAACAGCCAGCUCCAGCGGCGCCACAUCAGCCUACAUCAAUCCGUCCUAGAGUUCGAGCUAGGCGUGGUCAGGCUACUGAUCCACAUAGCAUCGCUGAAAGGCUACGUAGGGAAAGAAUAGCCGAACGGAUCAGAGCGCUGCAAGAACUUGUACCUACUGUGAACAAGACAGAUAGAGCUGCUAUGAUCGAUGAAAUUGUCGAUUAUGUAAAGUUUCUCAGACUCCAAGUUAAGGUUUUGAGCAUGAGUCGUCUUGGUGGAGCCGGUGCGGUUGCUCCACUUGUUACUGACAUGCCUUUGUCAUCAUCAGUUGAGGAUGAAACGAGUGAUGGUGGGAGGACUCCGCAACCUGCGUGGGAGAAAUGGUCUAACGAUGGCACUGAGCGUCAAGUGGCUAAACUGAUGGAAGAAAAUGUUGGAGCAGCGAUGCAGCUUCUUCAAUCAAAGGCUCUUUGUAUGAUGCCAAUCUCAUUGGCUAUGGCAAUUUACCAUUCUCAGCCUCCGGAUACAUCUUCAGUGGUUAAGCCUGAGACGAAUCCUCCACCGUAG